GGGGCAAGAUACAGCUGCCCCCCGCGGGCUGGAGCCGGGGAGGGCCAUGGAGGUGGCGCGGGAGGGCCUGGCUACGCCCGGCUCGGGGUCCUUGUCAUCCACGCUCGCGGCGCCGGUUCCUCCUCGUCCUCCACUGCCGGGUCUCCCCGAAAGGGUUGUUUCAUCAUCAUCCUUAAAUAGUGAAAGCUCAGAAGAGGAUUGGCUUAUAAAGGUUUGCUGUCCAGGAGCUCGUCAUCGAUACAGUAGAAAUGUCCACUCUAUAAAGCCUUUCAAAACUGGAUUCCCGCAGAAAUUGAAUAAAGAAGAUGCAUUGGCUGAAUAUACGCCUGAAUGUACAUCUUUUCAGAGCUACCCACGAGUGCCGAGGAAGGAGAGUUCAGAGUUAGAGUGGCUCAUAAGACUUCGCUGUCCGAGGGCCCAGAUGGAGCAGCAGGAGCCAGGUCCAAAACAGCCUCGUCCAGAAGUCUCCUCAUCCUUGAGUACAACGCAGAGCAAGACUGGAAGAAGCAGCCUGUCUGCAAGGGCGAACACUUCAGAGAGCUGGCUCACACAGAAGCAUUUGUCUGCUCUGCAGGCUGUAGUUAGUCGACGACAUGAUGUAGUUGGUUCUGCCCCAUCCCUGCUGGAAAGAGAAAACUGCUUUGUGAGGGAAGUAGACAGGUAUUUGAAGCACAAUGAGUUCUUAGCACUAAGGAGGAAGGAAAUGCAGUACAAGAAAUGGUUUGAGAAUGUUUCAAGCCCGCUUCUGCAGAAAAUUCAGGACAAAGUGGACAAGCAGUCAAGCGAAGAAAUAGAGGAAAGAAAACGAAAACAACUCUCCCUUUAUUUAAACUACUGUAAUAAGAAGCAAAGUGCUUAUUUGGAGAGCUACAGUCCUUCUGUUUAUGAUCCUUUCUUCUUGAAGACAUGUACAGACAUCUUGCAGGUUUCAGUGCCACCUUUACGUGAUCCUUUGUUAAAGGAGGUACAAGGAAGAUAUGUUGAGGAAGGGAUCAUCCAGCAGUGUGACACAGGAAGAAUAUACUCUUACAAAGAGAUGAAUGAGCUCCUUAAGGCCAGACUGCCCCUUUUUCCUUUGAGCCGGCAAAUUAUGAAUCCAGCAGAUUGGGUGAAAAUUCCCUUAGGUUAUGUUGAAAGCGAGAUCCGUCAAAAGAGCAGGCAAAAAAUGAGCACAACUAGAAACAAGACUACUAUGGAUUUCACGUGCUGGGGUGACCCGUCCUGGCUUCUACCAAACAGGAGAUUCUCCUCGGCCCAGAAACCAGAUUUGGCCUCUCGUUCCAGCCUGCUGGCAAAACAAACACUGAGCGGCUCAUCAUCAUCAACAGCAAUAAAAUCUGCUUCGUAACGAAACUCUGUUGGAUUCGUUGUAUAGGAUUGUAAACCAGAAGCAACAUGAGUAACAUAAGGCACGCUAGCAGCAAGCAUUGUGAAAACAAGGAUGCCUCCUCAGCUCAGAUAAGAGCAUAAAAGAGUAGUACAGCACAAAGGUCUGGGAAUUGCCUUUUUGAAGCACUGCUGCGCCGGUACUUUAUACCCUCACAUUAGGCGUCUGUAUUGCAGUUAAGCAGGUGGCCUUAAUCCAGACGGUUUUACAUAUGGAGAAUCAGAAAGUUGUGUUACUUCUUGCUACAUAAUGCUCAAGGAACACACAGAUUGAAUGCUGCAAAAAAUACUUUGGAGUUAAGCCUCAGUGUAGCUUUUCUUACAGCAGUGUGAGCUUUCAGCUGGCUCAGGAGUUACUUGCUUUGCUAGUACGUGUGCAAAGCGUGCAACUCAUCCCCACUGGAAGUGGCCUAAAGAGUUACUUGGUUCAUUUCUAAAGACUCAUUAACCAAGCCAUUGUUGUAUGGUUUGCAUUAGUGUUGGGGUUAUGAUACAUGUUGGAGGAGGCUGUACUCUCAAUCACACAAGUGGGUUUGAAAAAAAAUUAAUGGACGGAGACACACAUUCUGCUCACCGAAUUCCUCCCCUUUCCAAAGUGAGUGGGAGCUGCAGAAAGGAGAGGGUGAUUGUGCAUUCAUUCAUAAGUUACUAACCCUGGUUUUACUUAAUAAGUUGCAUGAUAUCUUUUUAGACUAGUGUUGAGAGUGCAGGCAUCAAACUGAGAUGAACAGCGACCCGAUGGAAUCUGAGAUAGGGCACUGAUCAGUCAGCAGGUGGCAAAGUUAUUAAGGACCUUGUAGAAUUCUUCCACUAAAGGAAGUUUAGGCUGAGUUUGUAACUCUUGAAAACAAAUUUCCCAACCAGUUGUCCUGGAUGAUCCUCGCCAUUUGAAGCAGAUGAUAAAACCCAUGACUUAGUUGUAAUGGGAAAGUUACUAUUGCAGGCUCAGAACCACUUGAUCUAACAAUGCCAGAUGAACUUGCAGGAUAACUUCUGUACCCUGGAUAGGAGAGGCUGGUCACAGGAGAAUGUCUGAAGUAAACCUGUUGAACUUUCUUGAUGCUGAUGAAGAACAACAGUGGAUUCAAAUGGUCCACCUGCAGAAAACGUUACACAUUGUUCCCCCAACAGCCUGCGACUGGAAGUAAUGGACAGAGAUUCCAGUAUAGAUCUAUGCCGUUACCCUUCCGCUGAUGAACGUUGCCCUUGUCAUGAAGUGUGUUGUCACAUCUAAACAAGGAGAGUUGUCAUGAAGGUGUGCCACAUCCAAACAAGGAGAGUAAUUUGACAACUCUAACGGCGUUUAAUUUUCCCUCAAAGUCUCUGCAGAGAGACUUUUUUCUUCACACACAAGAACGCUUGCAGGUUACUUGCACUGUGUAUAGGAAAGUUAUAAGAAUUA